AUGUCCGGCCGCGGCUGGCACCCUGACCGGAAACCCCGCGUCUCUGUGAACCGGGUCCUGCAGUGGGGCGCUGAGGUCACGCUGAGGGUCAGCGUGCUGCCCGAGGGCGCCCGGGCUGGCGGCUCCCGCCCCUCGCCAGGCCCGGGGCCUCCACACCCUCGCAAGCUCCUGCAAGCCCAGAAACAGUUUUUCUGGAGCUCAGAAGCAGGUGGCAGUUCAGUGCUGAGAAGUGAGGACACUGCCCUUCCGGAGCAUGAGGGCGACUGCUCCAGCGGCCGAGGCCCGAGGAGCCUCUGCUCCGCCCUCCUGUCCGAGAAGGCCGGCGCUCUGCGGUCUCCCAACCGCGGAAGGCAAAAGAAGCGCCGGGUGCGCGAGGGUGAGGGCCGCGGCCACCGGCGGGCCGGACAGACCACCAUGCCGGGGAUGAAGCGGGACUGCGGUGGGGCUGCGGCCGUCCUGGGGGCCUUCCGAGCCGCCAUCAAGCAGGGCUUCAAAGACAACCUCCACGCUGUGUUCUGCCUGGCCGAGAACUCCGUGGGGCCCAACGCCACGAGGCCAGACGACAUCCUCACGCUGUACUCAGGAAAGACUGUGGAGGUCAACAACACGGAUGCCGAGGGCCGGCUGGUGCUGGCCGAUGGCGUGUCCUAUGCCUGCAAGGACCUGGGCGCCGACAUCAUCCUGGACAUGGCCACACUGACGGGUGCCCAGGGCGAACGCGCCACGGGCUUCGGCGUGGCCCUGCUGCUGGCGCUCUUCGGCCGGGCCUCGGACGACCCCCUGCUGCACUUGGUGUCCCCCCUGGGCUGUGAGGGCGACCCCGACGAGGCGGAUGCGGAGAGGGACUCCAAGAGGCGCAGGCUGGUGUGAGCCGCCGCCUCACAGGCGCCUCCCUUUGCACUGAAGAGUCGCAGCGACUGCAGGACGCUUCCGCCGAGGGCCCUGGUGUGUUGCUGCGUCGCGGUGGUGCUGGAAGCUCCUUGGCGCCUCGCAGCCCGCCAGGGCUUCGGCGGCCCCGGGGCGGGAGUCGGGCU